ACUAAAAAAAGGGGAAGUGGCAAUGUGAUGUAGGUUAGGGUUAAAGUCCAGUUGGUGGAAUUUUUGUUUUUAAUUAGUUUAUUACAGAUAAAUUUUCGGUAGCCCUAGCUUUAUAAGAUUACUCCCGUCCGGCUUUACAGUUAGUCCUGUAAAUUUUUAUAACGUUAGAUAAAAUAGAAUCAGUUAAAUAUGGCAUCCUACUUAGCAAGAAACUUGGCUAGCAAAAAUCCGUUGGCUUUCAAAAGCCAAUCUACAAAUAUUCUUAGGACCUUUUCAUUAGGGAAUCAAUUAAAUGAGAAAAAAACUCUGAAAAGUCCUGGACAAAACAUAGUUUUAGUCGAUGGUGUUCGGACACCGUUCUUGAUGUCCGGAACAGAUUAUAACAAAAUGAUGCCCCACGAAGUAGCUACAGUUGCUUUAAGGGGUAUUUUACAAAAAACAGGCAUCCCAAAAGACAUGAUCGAUUAUGUUAUUUACGGUACAGUAAUUCAGGAAGUGAAAACCUCAAAUAUCGCUAGGGAGGCGGCUUUAUGUGCAGGGUAUAGUGAUAAAACUCCGGCACAUACAGUGACCAUGGCAUGUAUAUCUUCCAACGUUGCAAUGACAACUGCUAUUGGACUGAUAAACAGUGGCGUGUAUGAAAUGAUUGUCGCCGGGGGUGUAGAGUUCAUGUCAGACAUCCCAAUCAGGCACAGCAGGAAAAUGAGGAGUCUUUUACUCAGAGCGAACAAAGCAAAAACUCCCCAGCAAAAACUAGCACUUUUAGCAAGCCUUAGGCCCGAUUUCUUCAUUCCAGAGCUUCCGGCAGUGGCUGAAUUUUCAUCUGGAGAGACUAUGGGCCAUUCGGCUGAUAGACUAGCUGCUGCAUUUGGUGUUUCGAGAAAGGAACAGGACGAUUUUGCUCUGAGAUCGCAUACUUUGGCCCAGCAAGCCUUUGAAAAGGGAUAUUUCACAGAUUUAAUACCAAUACAGGUGCCUGGGUCAGAUAAGGAACUGACCAGGGAUAAUGGUAUUAGAGUAUCCACUCCGGAACAACUGGCCAAACUAAAACCGGCUUUUAUUAAGCCUCAUGGUACUAUUACAGCUGCCAAUGCUUCGUUUUUGACUGACGGAGCUUCAGCUUGCCUCAUUACAACUGAAGCAAAAGCUAAAGCAUUGGGUCUCAAGCCUAAGGCUUACCUAAGGAACUUUUUGUACGUGUCUCAAGACCCAAUUGAUCAACUUUUAUUGGGACCCGCCUACGGGACGCCACUGGUUCUGGACAAGGCUGGACUGACUCUGAAGGACGUUGAUGUGUUUGAAUUCCAUGAAGCUUUUGCGGGUCAAAUUUUGGCAAAUUUCAAGGCAAUGGAUAGCGAUUCCUUCGCUCAGAGGUACAUGAAACGUAGCAGCAAGGUUGGAGUGCCUCCAUUGAACAAAUUCAACAACUGGGGAGGUUCACUCUCCAUUGGGCACCCCUUCGCCGCCACUGGAGUAAGAUUGGCCAUGCACACGGCCAACAGAUUGGUCAGAGAAGAUGGACAAAUUGGAUUGGUAGCAGCCUGCGCCGCUGGUGGUCAAGGAGUAGCCAUGUUGAUCGAGAGACAUCCAGAUGCCACACCAAACUGAAUCAACAUAAAGAUAAGCCUAAUUUCAUUUUCUUAUUAAUGCAUUUUUUUUUUCAAAAAUUUGCUUCAAAAUUAAUCUAAGCUUAAACACGUUUCUUUAUAGGUGCCAAAAACCGUUCGAAAAAAAAACGACGUCACGGUAACCUUUGAAACGAUGUUCAAAUCCGAUUCAAAGGUUACCACGACGCUUUUUUUAUUAUGUAAUAUUUAUGUGGCUCAAAAAAUCGGUGGCCUUUGAAUGUUUACAUUACUUUUUAAAAUUAUUUUAUUUAAUUUUUUUCUAUUGAAUAUAUUUUAAAGACUUUUUUUUUCGUUUAAAAAAAAUU